CAACGCUGCCAACCAGCGGUAUAAACAGAAACAGCUGAUCGAGCUAAGGAACCAUUUUAUGUAAUUGAAAUGGCCACGAAAACGGAAAAUGCUGACUCAAAAUCGAGCAAUUCAAAGGACACACUAGAUGACACGUGGGCAAUUCGCCCCUGUCACCUGUACAAAGAGGAGUAUGACGACUGCACGAGCUUCAAGGCCCGCUUCCACCAGUACUUUAUCUAUGGCAAGGACACAGACUGUUCCCAGUGGCUAACUGACUACCGGAACUGCGAGAGGUAUCAGGAGUCCAACGGCAACGAUGUUGCGGCCGGAAAGGCGGUAAUCAAAAGCGAGGAGGAGCGCCGACGCAUCCGUCUGCGCGCCCAUUUCGCCAACGACACAUGGGAAAAGCGGAAGCAGCCACCGCAGGAUUGGGCCGCUCCACUGCCCGACUGGAUGGAGAAACGCAACGAGAACACCUAUCUGGAGCUGAAGCAGAAGGAGCUCUCUGGCCAGGCGGCGCCGCAGGGGGAGGAUCGGUCACUGUGUGCGAUAAUGUGAAAAUAUACUGGUGGUUAAGAAAACA